AUGGCACCGAAACAACAUAUUGAACAACCCGCACCAGCUCCUACCAGCUCAAAUGAAGCAGAAAGCAAGUCGCUUGUAAAUUCCGACGCAGCCGAAGACAAUGCCCAGCCAAAAAUACACAAAAAGCCAUCUGUUUGGAAGCUAGUGACGAAAUUGUUCGCCUGGGAGCUACUGGCUGUGUUUCUGUCCACGGCCCUCCUGGCCGCUAUUAUCGGGAUAUUGGCCUCAUACAAUCACCAGCCCCAACCUAUUUGGGAUUAUACGUCGCUAAACUCGGUGAUAUCGUGGUUAAGUACCAUCUCUAAAGGAUGUGUCUUAUUCGCCAUUAGUGAGAGUCUAGGGCAGCUGAAAUGGCUAUGGUUCACCCAGAAGUCGAGGCCUAUGUCGCAUUUGCGUACCUUCGAUGCGGCUAGUCGAGGAGUUACCGGAAGCGCAGAGCUGAUCUGGAAUUUACGUGCAAAACACUUUGCUGCCACAGGAAGUCUGGCGGUCAUACUUGCGCUCGCCUUCGAUCCCUUCACCCAAAAUCUCAUACAGUAUUAUUCCAAGCUCACCCCUGAUGCCUCACAAACAGCAACUGUAUCAAAUAGUACUGGGUACGAUGUAAUCGGCUCACAAUAUGCCUUGGGAGGAGAGUCUUAUGUAGACCCAACGCUCAAAGCCAACGUCUACAAUUCAUUAUUCAACAGUGAUACCACGAAGCCAUGGUCAAUCCCCAACUACACAUGCAGCACCGGAAAUUGCACGUGGGAUCCCAUUUCUUCAUUGGGAAUGCAAGCGAUAUGUUCCAACGUCACAAAUUACUUGAACUUCGACUGCUAUACCAUUACCAAUUCUUCAUGGGCUGGCGACCAAAAUUGCACGAUAACCAUUCAAUAUAACUCCACGACAAGCGAUAUUUCUACCUACUACGUUGAGAACUCACCGAUGGCAAUCCCAAUCGCUAUAGGACGGGCUCAGCUUUCCAUCAUUCAAGAUGAUACCGCCUUUUCCCACAUGCACAUUAUUGCACCUGCCCAGUCCGUCGAGAACAUCUCCAAGUACACAAACACGACUCAGUGGCAAGCAAUGGAAUGUGUCCUCCAACCCAUAGUCCGAAGAGUUCGCCCAUAUGUCACUCAGGGCGUCUAUCACGAAGAAACAUUAUCUGUCUGGACAGAUGGUUCUAUCGACAAAAACUCGUCCGCGUACGUUCUGCGCCCUACUUGGGGACCGGAAAUGGGCAUCGCGCAUAACACGACUUUCAAGCUAUCAUCAACGGCAGCCCUUGCAAUGGACGAGUUUUUCCAUGGUUUCUUUGCCGGCACAGUGCAGACCAGCCUUCAGAGUAUUUCGUUUAUUCGAACGGAGUACUUUGAAUAUGCCAGCGCCGACUUUAUGCAGGCUAUUACAGUAUCAAAUAUUACCGGUUGCACCGCUACAGGAGCCGAAAGGUUUCGUUGUGCUAUGGAGAAUGGCGCUGCUGCGAUUUCAAAAACUUUUCGGGACUCGGCAUCUUCGUCAUCUGGUACAGAUGGAAACGCUACUACUGCGGGCCAGGCUAUGUCGAACGUGACGUAUGUUGUCGUGCACUGGCAAUGGAUUGCUCUGCCAGCACUGGUGUGGCUGCUAGGUAUUGUUACCUUGGUAGGCACCAUGAUGAAGAGUCGGAGAGCCGUGGUCCCGAUGUGGAAAAACGAUGUGAUGCCGUUGUUAUUUGUAUACGAAGGGGGCCAGAAUGUACAACCUCCAGCUGAUGGGGAACUUGAGAAUAACCAGAGGGUGAAGUUGUAUAAUUCGGAGGGUAGGAUCAUGCUAGGUGAAUGA